AUGGUUUCCACAACCAUCAAAUCGGAUUCGAAGCACGAAGAGAAACAAACCCUAAAUUCCAAAAACCCUAAAAAUGUCUACCAGAUCGGAGGCCUUCAAGUGGAAUUCCCUUAUCAGCCGUACGGGACACAGCUCGCGUUCAUGAGCCGGGUCAUCUCUACGCUUGAACGUGCCCAGAGAGACGGUCACUGCCACGCGCUGCUCGAGUCGCCCACCGGUACGGGCAAAUCUCUUUCCUUGCUCUGCUCUGUUCUCGCCUGGCAACAGAACUAUAAAAAGCGGUUUCCAAAAGGAAACUUGUCUCGUCGGAAUCAUGGAGGUGAAAGUGAAACGCAACCCUCAGAUACUCCUUUCCCUAGCAACGAGAAGCCAGAGAUGAACCGUGUAGUUCCUACCAUAUUCUAUGCUUCACGAACUCAUGCUCAGAUCGCUCAAGUCAUUCGUGAGUAUCGGAAAACUGGUUACAGAGUUCCCAUGGCUGUAUUGGGUUCACGGAAACGUUACUGCACCAAUCCUCAUGUACAGGGGAAAGAGAAUGUUGACGAAAAAUGUCGGUUGCUCCUAAAAGAUAAGAAAAACAAAAACAUAAAAUGUCCUGAGUAUAGAGGCGUCGUUGCUGUCUUAGCAUCACUUCAACAAAAAAGUCACGAUGGGGUUCAUGAUAUUGAAGAUCUUGUAAAAAUUGGAAAUGAUGUUAGAGGCUGUCCAUAUUUUGCUUCCUGGAGAAUGUUGGAGGUCGCGCAAUUGGUUUUCUGCCCUUAUUCUUAUAUAAUUGAUAUUGUCAUUCGAGGAGGAAUAAAACUUCAUGGAGCUAUCUUUGACGAAGCACACAAUAUGGAAGACAUUGCUCGUGAAGCAGGAAGCAUUAACUUGGAAGAAGGGACUCUUUUUAAAUUGCGGAAUGAACUAGAACAGAUGAGUGUGGAUGAUCCAGAGACAUGUCAACCCUUGUGUGACUUAGUAGAGGGAUUGAUAAGCUGGAUUCGAAGAAGAAAGGAUUCGCUAGCAAAACGUGAUUCUGAGCACUUUUUCUCUAGUUGGACUGGAGACGAGGCUUUAUGAGAGCUCGAGGAAUCUAAUAUCACUCGAGGAUGCGUGGAAUGCUUAAAUAAGGCGAUCACAAAAUUAGACGAAACAGAAAUAGAACCAGAUAUGCCUUAUUUGAGUGGAAUAUCUGUCUCGACACUAAAAGAGUUGUUCACUACAUUCACAUACUUCUUUUCGAGAAAUGGAAGUCACAUCAUAGAUUACGAACUGGGUUUACAACGCUCUAUUAAAAGAGGAGAUCCUUCUUCUGGUAAAUGGACGCAUACAUUCAGUUUGUGGUGCAUGAAUCCGUCUGCUGUUUUCAAAGACUUAGCUGAUCUUUCUUUAUCCAUCAUUUUAACAUCUGGGACUUUGUCACCGAUGAAUUCUUUCUCAUCUGAACUUGGGAUGCAGUUCGGCACUUGUUUAGAGGCUACGCAUGUGAUUGAUGCUAAUCUUCAGGUGUGGGCUGGUGCACUCUCUAAGGGUCCUGGUAGUUUUCCUCUAAACGCAAGUUAUAAAACAGCUGAUACAUAUUCAUUUCAGGAUACUCUAGGGAAAUCGUUGGAAGAAAUUUGCACUAUCGUACCAGACGGCUCUCUCAUAUUCUUUCCAAGCUAUAAGCUGAUGGAAAAACUCAGCACACGUUGGCGUGAAACUGGACAAUGGUCUCGGCUCUGCCUUAGAAAGGAGCUUUUUAUUGAACCAAGAGGAGAAGCCAAGGAUGACUUCGAUUCUGUCCUGAAGGGAUAUUAUGAUUGUCUAAGCGGAAAGAAUAGAUUGGUUGGAAGAAAUGGAAUAGUUAAUAAAUCAGGGACUGUUAUAACUGAGGAUCAAGAUGAUUCCAAGAAAGGAGCUGCCUUUCUUGCAGUAUGUAGAGAAAAGGUUUCAGAAGGUCUUGAUUUUUCUGAUGACAAUGCCAGGGCAGUGAUAAUUGUUGGCAUUCCAUUUCCAAACUUGCAUGAUGUUCUUGUUGAACUAAAGAGAAAAUAUAAUGAUACAUACAAAUCAUCUAAAAACCUUCUUGGAGGGAGUGAGUGGUAUUGCCAACAAGCCUACCGUGCUUUAAACCAAGCAGCAGGGCGAUGUAUCCGGCAUCGGUUUGAUUAUGGUGCCAUCAUAUUUUUAGAUGAGCGAUACAGACAACCAAGGAACAGAGUGUCUAUUUCAAAGUGGCUAAGGCAGUCUAUCAAACUGUAUGAUAACUUUGAAGAAUCUAUGCAAGGGUUAAGAUCUUUUUUCAACAGUGUCAAGGAGCGAGUUGACAGUAAGAUGUUAGAGUCCCAGGAAAACCAAAUCAAAGAAUGCAAAAGGAAGGAAAAUCAGGUUCAGAACAAAUUUAGUCAUGUGGAACCAAAUGUGGUGAACUUGGAGGACUAUACAAGUCCGAAUCCAAAGUAUUAUUUUAUGAACGAAAGCAAGCCCUUGUUGGAUCACAAAGACAGGAAAUCAAAAAUAGCUGAAGGUUCGAGAUCCAUGCGGCUUUCUGGUGUGAACUAUGGAACUUCCACUCCACAGUUAUCAUCUCCAUUCAUCCAAGUUAAAGAAGAAGAUAAAUGCUACAAAGAAGUCAUUGACCUUGAGUGCAGUGUCAAAACUGAGCCUGGGUAUUGUGAGGGGUCGUCGGUGACCAACUGUGAUGAAGAUCCAGAAACAUCUUCUGUUAAGAAAACCUUUGGUAUGAUCAAAGGUACUUCUGCAGCCAGUCCAUGUUCUUGCUCAAAGAAUGAAAGCUCUAACCCAGCAAGAGGUCUGAGAUCUCUGAGGUCUCCUGAUAAGUUCUUGAAGCGGCAUAUAUCUAGAAAAUUCAGAAGAUCUCCUCUUGGAUCUGAGUCGUCUGUAAUAGUAACUCCAGAGAGAUACUCCAUUGGUUAUAGCCGUAAUUCAACUCUAGAAGCAGAGUCACCUUUGAACAAAAGUGUUAAUUCCCAUGCUUUGAAGAGAAGAAAGUUUACUAGCCCUCAAGUCAUUGACCUUGAAGAAGAAGAAGACAGUAAUGCUCCUAGUACUAGUUUCACAAGAAGAAUCGAAUUUGGGUUUGAGAGUUCCGAAUCAAGAUCCCAAAACGACAAUGUAUAUGCUUUUCCAGAAGUGGAUCAGAGAGUGAUGAGGAUAUCUUGUUCACUCUGCAGAAGCCCUUUAGGUCACCCGGAGAGCCACUCAUAUCUUAGUUGCUCGUUGACUUCGUUGUCCAAAACGUAUUUGCUGUCUCUUCUGACAUCAGGAACUGGUUCUGCGCUAAUCCCAACAAGUGUCUCAGUUGUCAUGACAUAUUGCUCGUUAGUUAAUCAGAGACUCUGCAGAAGUUCUCAAGGCUCAAAAGGUAUUUGGUGCGAGCAAGAUGGAUGUGUUUUCAAUACUAUCUUUUGCCCGUUCUGCAGUGUACCAAACACGUGUCUUGGAGUGCAAGUCAUGGCUACCGAUUCAUCGAAUGUCCAGUUUCUGAGAAAAAUUUUGUUCUUUGCUGAUCAAGUAGAUGUCACAGAGGAUGCCUCAAGCAAAGAAACGGCGCCAGAGCAAAAUUUGCGAGUACCAAAACGCCGUUUGACAACACACAAAAAUGCCUAG